AUGCGCAGAAACGGCUGCGCAGAAACGGCUGCGCAGAAACGGCUGCGCAGAAACGGCUGCGCAGAAACGGCUGCGCAGAAACGGCUGCGCAGAAACGGCUGCGCAGAAGCGGCUGCGCAGAAACGGCUGCGCAGAAACGGCUGCGCAGAAGCGGCUGCGCAGAAGCGGCUGCGCAGAAGCGGCUGCGCAGAAGCGGCUGCGCAGAAGCGGCUGCGCAGAAGCGGCUGCGCAGAAGCGGCUGCGCAGAAGCGGCUGCGCAGAAGCGGCUGCGCAGAAACGGCUGCGCAGAAACGGCUGCGCAGUAACGGCUGCGCAGAAACGGCUGCGCAGAAACGGCUGCGCAGAUACGGCUGCGCAGAAACGGCUGCGCAGAAGCGGCUGCGCAGAAGCGGCUGCGCAGAACGGGUGCGCAGAAGCGGCUGCGCACAAGCGGCUGCGCAGAAGCGGCUGCGCAGAAGCGGCUGCGCAGAAGCGACUGCGCAGAAGCGGCUGCGCAGAAGCGGCUGCGCAGAAGCGGCUGCGCAGAAGCGGCUGCGCAGAAGCGGCUGCGCAGAAGCGGCUGCGCAGAAGCGGCUGCGCAGAAGCGGCUGCGCAGAAGCGGCUGCGCAGAAGCGGCUGCGCAGAAACGGCUGCGCAGAAACGGCUGCGCAGAAACGGCUGCGCAGCAGCAGCUGCGCAGAAGCAGCUGCGCAGAAACAGCUGCGCAGAUGCAGCUGCGCAGAAACAGCUGCGCAGAAACAGCUGCGCAGAAACAGCUGCGCAGAAACAGCUGCGCAGAAGCGGCUGCGCAGAAGCGGCUGCGCAGAAGCGGCUGCGCAGAAGCGGCUGCGCGGAAGCGGCUGCGCGGAAGCGGCUGCGCGGAAGCGGCUGCGCGGAAACGGCUGCGCAGAAGCGGCUGCGCAGAAGCGGCUGCGCAGAAGCGGCUGCGCAGAAGCGGCUGCGCAGAAGCGGCUGCGCAGAAACGGCUGCGCAGAAACGGCUGCGCAGAAACGGCUGCCCAGAAACGGCUGCGCAGAAACGUAUGCGCAGAAACGGCUGCGCAGAAACGGCUGCGCAGAAACGGCUGCGCAGAAACGGCUGCGCAGAAACGGCUGCGCAGAAACGGCUGCGCAGAAACGGCUGCGCAGAAACGGCUGCGCAGAAACGGCUGCGCAGAAACGGCUGCGCAGAAACGGCUGCGCAGAAACGGCUGCGCAGAAACGGCUGCGCAGAAACAACUGCGCAGAAACAGCUGCGCAGAAACAGCUGCGCAGAAACAGCUGCGCAGAAACAGCUGCGCAGAAACAGCUGCGCAGAAGCAGCUGCGCAGAAGCAGCUGCGCAGAAACAGCUGCGCAGAAACAGCUGCGCAGAAACAGCUGCGCAGAAACAGGGCGCAGAAACAGCUGCGCAGAAACAGCUGCGCAGAAACAGCUGCGCAGAUACAGCUGCGCAGAUACAGCUGCGCAGAUACAGCUGCGCAGAAACAGCUGCGCAGAUACAGCUGCGCAGAAACAGCUGCGCAGAAACAGCUGCGCAGAAACAGCUGCGCAGAAACAGCUGCGCAGAAACAGCUGCGCAGAAACAGCUGCGCAGGAACAGCUGCGCAGAAACAGCUGCGCGGAAACAGCUGCGCAGGAACAGCUGCGCAGGAACAGCUGCGCAGAAACAGCUGCGCAGAAACAGCUGCGCAGAAACAGCUGCGCAGGAACAGCUGCGCAGGAACAGCUGCGCAGGAACAGCUGCGCAGAAACAGCUGCGCAGGAACAGCUGCGCAGGAACAGCUGCGCAGCAACAGCUGCGCAGCAACAGCUGCGCAGAAACAGCUGCGCAGAAACAGCUGCGCAGAAACAGCUGCAGAAACAGCUGCGCAGAAACAGCGGCGCAGAAACAGCGGCGCAGAUACAGCGGCGCAGAAACACUCUAUAGCCUCCGGUUACAGGAGCGUACCUCCAUGUUCAAUGUUUUUUGGGCAGUUGAACAUGUAAAGUUGAAUCCCAAACGGCUGCGCAGGAACAGCUGCGCAGGAACAGCUGCGCAUAAGCGGCUGCGCAUAAGCAGCUGCGCAGAAGCGGCUGCGCAGAAGCGGCUGCGCAGAAGCGGCUGCGCAGAAGCGGCUGCGCAGAAGCGGCUGCGCAGAAGCGGCUGCGCAGAAGCGGCUGCGCAGAAGCGGCUGCGCAGAAGCGGCUGCGCAGAAGCGGCUGCGCAGAAGCGGCUGCGCAGAAGCGGCUGCGCAAAACCGCUGCGCAGAAACGGCUGCGCAGAAACGGCUGCGCAGAAGCGGCUGCGCAGAAGCGGCUGCGCAGAAGCGGCUGCGCAGAAGCGGCUGCGCAGAAGCGGCUGCGCAGAAGCGGCUGCGCAGAAGCGGCUGCGCAGAAGCGGCUGCGCAGAAGCGGCUGCGCAGAAGCGGCUGCGCAGAACCGGCUGCGCAGAAACGGCUGCGCAGAAACGGCUGCGCAGAAACGGCUGCGCAGAAACGGCUGCGCAGAUACGGCUGCGCAGGAACGGCUGCGCAGGAACGGCUGCGCAGGAACGGCUGCGCAGGAACGGCUGCGCAGGAACGGCUGCGCAGGAACGGCUGCGCAGGAACGGCUUCGCAGGAACGGCUGCGCAGCAGCGGCUGCGCAGAAACGGCUGCGCAGAAACGGCUGCGCAGAAACGGCUGCGCAGAAACGGCUGCGCAGAAACGACUGCGCAGAAACAGCUGCGCAGAAGCAGCUGCGCAGAAGCAGCUGCGCAGAAUCAGCUGCGCAGAAGCAGCUGCGCAGAAGCAGCUGCGCAGAAGCAGCUGCGCAGAAGCAGCUGCGCAGAAACAGCUGCGCAGAAACAGCUGCGCAGAUACAGCUGCGCAGAUACAGCUGCGCAGAUACAGCUGCGCAGAAACGGCUGCGCAGAAACGGCUGCGCAGAAACGGCUGCGCAGAAACGGCUGCGCAGAAACGGCUGCGCUGAUACGGCGGCGCAGAAACGGCUGCGCAGAAACGGCUGCGCAGAAACGGCUGCGCAGAAACGGCUGCGCAGAAACGAAUGCGCAGAAGCGGCUGCGCAGAAGCGGCUGCGCAGAAGCGGCUGCGCAGAAGCGGCUGCGCAGAAGCGGCUGCGCAGAAGCGGCUGCGCAGAAACGGCUGCGCAGGUACGGCUGCGCAGAAACGGCUGCGCAGAAACGGCUGCGCAGAAACGGCUGCGCAGAAACGGCUGCGCAGAAACGGCUGCGCAGAAACGGCUGCGCAAAACGGCUGCGCAGAAACGGCUGCGCAGAAACGGCUGCGCAGAAACGGCUGCGCAGAAACGGCAGCGCAGAAACGGCUGCGCAGAAACGGCUGCGCAGAAACGGCUGCGCAGAAACGGCUGCGCAGAAACGGCUGCGCAGAAACGGCUGCGCAGAAACAGCUGCGCAGAAACAGCUGCGCAGAAACAGCUGCGCAGAAACAGCUGCGCAGAAGCAGCUGCGCAGAAACAGCUGCGCAGAAGCAGCUGCGCAGAAACAGCUGCGCAGAAACAGCUGCGCAGAAACAGCUGCGCAGAAACAGUGCGCAGAAACAGCUGCGAAGAAACAGCUGCGCAGAAACAGCUGCGCAGAUACAGCUGCGCAGAUACAGCUGCGCAGAUACAGCUGCGCAGAAACAGCUGCGCAGAAACAGCUGCGCAGAUACAGCUGCGCAGAUACAGCUGCGCAGAAACAGCUGCGCAGAAACAGCUGCGCAGAAACAGCUGCGCAGAAACAGCUGCGCAGAAACAGCUGCGCAGGAACAGCUGCACAGAAACAGCUGCGCAGAAACAGCUGCGCAGAAACAGCUGCGCAGGAACAGCUGCGCAGGAACAGCUGCGCAGAAACAGCUGCGCAGGAACAGCUGCGCAGGAACAGCUACGCAGGAACAGCUGCGCAGGAACAGCUGCGCAGGAACAGCUGCACAGGAACAGCUGCGCAGGAACAGCUGCGCAGGAACAGCUGCGCAGGAACAGCUGCGCAGGAACAGCUGCGCAGAAACAGCUGCGCAGAAACAGCUGCGCAGAAACAGCGGCGCAGAAACAGCGGCGCAGAAACACUCUAUAGCCUCCGGUUACAGGAGCGUACCUCCAUGUUCAAUGUUUUUUGGGCAGUUGAACAUGUAAAGUUGAAUCCCGAACAGCUGCGCAGAAGCGGCUGCGCAGAAGCGGCUGCGCAGAAGCGGCUGCGCAGAAGCGGCUGCGCAGAAGCGGCUGCGCAGAAGCGGCUGCGCAGAAGCGGCUGCGCAGAAACGACUGCGCAGAAACGGCUGCGCAGAAGCGGCUGCGCAGAAGCAGCUGCGCAGAAUCAGCUGCGCAGAAUCAGCUGCGCAGAAGCAGCUGCGCAGAAGCAGCUGCGCAGAAGCAGCUGCGCAGAAACAGCUGCGCAGAAGCAGCUGCGCAGAUACAGCUGCGCAGAUACAGCUGCGCAGAAACGGCUGCGCAGAAACGGCUGCGCAGAAACGGCUGCGCUGAUACGGCUGCGCAGAAACGGCUGCGCAGAAACGGCUGCGCAGAAACGGCUGCGCAGAAGCGGCUGCGCAGAAGCGGCUGCGCAGAAGCGGCUGCGCAGAAGCGGCUGCGCAGAAGCGGCUGCGCAGAAACGGCUGCGCAGAUACGGCUGCGCAGAAACGGCUGCGCAGAAACGGCUGCGCAGAAACGGCUGCGCAGAAACGGCUGCGCAGAAACGGCUGCGCAGAAACGGCUGCGCAGAAACGUAUGCGCAGAAACGGCUGCGCAGAAACGGCUGCGCAGAAACGGCUGCGCAGAAACGGCUGCGCAGAAACGGCUGCGCAGAAACGGCUGCGCAGAAACGGCUGCACAGAAACGGCUGCGCAGAAACGGCUGCGCAGAAACGGCUGCGCAGAAACGGCUGCGCAGAAACGGCUGCGCAGAAACGGCUUCGCAGAAACGGCUGCGCAGAAACAGCUGCGCAGAAACAGCUGCGCAGAAACAGCUGCGCAGAAACAGUGCGCAGAAACAGCUGCGCAGAAACAGCUGCGCAGAAACAGCUGCGCAGAUACAGCUGCGCAGAUACAGCUGCGCAGAUACAGCUGCGCAGAAACAGCUGCGCAGAAACAGCUGCGCAGAUACAGCUGCGCAGAUACAGCUGCGCAGAAACAGCUGCGCAGAAACAGCUGCGCAGAAACAGCUGCGCAGAAACAGCUGCGCAGAAACAGCUGCGCAGGAACAGCUGCUCAGAAACAGCUGCGCAGAAACAGCUGCGCAGAAACAGCUGCGCAGGAACAGCUGCGCAGGAACAGCUGCGCAGAAACAGCUGCGCAGGAACAGCUGCGCAGGAACAGCUGCGCAGGAACAGCUGCGCAGGAACAGCUGCGCAGGAACAGCUGCGCAGGAACAGCUGCGCAGGAACAGCUGCGCAGGAACAGCUGCGCAGAAACAGCUGCGCAGAAACAGCUGCGCAGAAACAGCGGCGCAGAAACAGCGGCGCAGAAACACUCUAUAGCCUCCGGUUACAGGAGCGUACCUCCAUGUUCAAUGUUUUUUGGGCAGUUGAACAUGUAAAGUUGAAUCCCGAACAGCUGCGCAGAAGCGGCUGCGCAGAAGCGGCUGCGCAGAAGCGGCUGCGCAGAAGCGGCUGCGCAGAAGCGGCUGCGCAGAAGCGGCUGCGCAGAAACGGCUGCGCAGAAACGGCUGCGCAGAAACGGCUGCGCAGAAGCGGCUGCGCAGAAGCGGCUGCGCAGAAGCGGCUGCGCAGAAGCGGCUGCGCAGAAGCGGCUGCGCAGAAGCGGCUGCGCAGAAGCGGCUGCGCAGAAACGGCUGCGCAGAAACGGCUGCGCAGUAACGGCUGCGCAGAAACGGCUGCGCAGAAACGGCUGCGCAGAAACGGCUGCGCAGAUACGGCUGCGCAGAAACGGCUGCGCAGAAGCGGCUGCGCAGAAGCGGCUGCGCAGAAGCGGCUGCGCAGAAGCGGCUGCGCACAAGCGGCUGCGCAGAAGCGGCUGCGCAGAAGCGGCUGCGCAGAAGCGGCUGCGCAGAAGCGGCUGCGCAGAAGCGGCUGCGCAGAAGCGGCUGCGCAGAAGCGGCUGCGCAGAAGCGGCUGCGCAGAAGCGGCUGCGCAGAAGCGGCUGCGCAGAAACGGCUGCGCAGAAACGGCUGCGCAGAAACGGCUGCGCAGCAGCAGCUGCGCAGAAGCAGCUGCGCAGAAGCAGCUGCGCAGAAACAGCUGCGCAGAUGCAGCUGCGCAGAAACAGCUGCGCAGAAACAGCUGCGCAGAAACAGCUGCGCAGAAACGGCUGCGCAGAAGCGGCUGCGCAGAAGCGGCUGCGCAGAAGCGGCUGCGCAGAAGCGGCUGCGCAGAAGCGGCUGCGCGGAAGCGGCUGCGCGGAAGCGGCUGCGCGGAAACGGCUGCGCAGAAGCGGCUGCGCAGAAGCGGCUGCGCAGAAGCGGCUGCGCAGAAGCGGCUGCGCAGAAGCGGCUGCGCAGAAGCGGCUGCGCAGAAACGGCUGCGCAGAAACGGCUGCGCAGAAACGGCUGCGCAGAAACGGCUGCGCAGAAACGUAUGCGCAGAAACGGCUGCGCAGAAACGGCUGCGCAGAAACGGCUGCGCAGAAACGGCUGCGCAGAAACGGCUGCGCAGAAACGGCUGCGCAGAAACGGCUGCGCAGAAACGGCUGCGCAGAUACAGCUGCGCAGAUACAGCUGCGCAGAUACAGCUGCGCAGAAACAGCUGCGCAGAUACAGCUGCGCAGGAACAGCUGCGCAGGAACAGCUGCGCAGGAACAGCUGCGCAGAAACAGCUGCGCAGAAACAGCUGCGCAGAAACAGCUGCGCAGGAACAGCUGCGCAGGAACAGCUGCGCAGGAACAGCUGCGCAGAAACAGCUGCGCAGGAACAGCUGCGCAGGAACAGCUGCGCAGGAACAGCUGCGCAGCAACAGCUGCGCAGAAACAGCUGCGCAGAAACAGCUGCGCAGAAACAGCUGCAGAAACAGCUGCGCAGAAACAGCGGCGCAGAAACAGCGGCGCAGAAACAGCGGCGCAGAAACAGCGGCGCAGAAACACUCUAUAGCCUCCGGUUACAGGAGCAAACGGCUGCGCAGGAACAGCUGCGCAGGAACAGCUGCGCAUAAGCGGCUGCGCAUAAGCGGCUGCGCAGAAGCGGCUGCGCAGAAGCGGCUGCGCAGAAGCGGCUGCGCAGAAGCGGCUGCGCAGAAGCGGCUGCGCAGAAGCGGCUGCGCAGAAGCGGCUGCGCAGAAGCGGCUGCGCAGAAGCGGCUGCGCAGAAGCGGCUGCGCAGAAGCGGCUGCGCAGAAGCGGCUGCGCAGAAGCGGCUGCGCAGAAGCGGCUGCGCAGUAGCGGCUGCGCAAAACGGCUGCGCAGAAACGGCUGCGCAGAAGCGGCUGCGCAGAAGCGGCUGCGCAGAAGCGGCUGCGCAGAAGCGGCUGCGCAGAAGCGGCUGCGCAGAAGCGGCUGCGCAGAAGCGGCUGCGCAGAAGCGGCUGCGCAGAAGCGGCUGCGCAGAAGCGGCUGCGCAGAAGCGGCUGCGCAGAAGCGGCUGCGCAGAAACGGCUGCGCAGAAACGGCUGCGCAGAAACGGCUGCGCAGAAACGGCUGCGCAGAUACGGCUGCGCAGGAACGGCUGCGCAGGAACGGCUGCGCAGGAACGGCUGCGCAGGAACGGCUGCGCAGGAACGGCUGCGCAGGAACGGCUGCGCAGGAACGGCUGCGCAGGAACGGCUUCGCAGGAACGGCUGCGCAGCAGCGGCUGCGCAGAAGCGGCUGCGCAGCAGCGGCUGCGCAGAAGCGGCUGCGCAGAAGCGGCUGCGCAGAAGCGGCUGCGCAGAAGCGGCUGCGCAGAAGCGGCUGCGCAGAAGCGGCUGCGCAGAAGCGGCUGCGCAGAAGCGGCUGCGCAGAAGCGGCUGCGCAGAAGCGGCUGCGCAGAAGCGGCUGCGCAGAAGCGGCUGCGCAGAAGCGGCUGCGCAGAAACGGCUGCGCAGAAACGGCUGCGCAGAAACGGCUGCGCAGGAACGGCUGCGCAGAAACGGCUGCGCAGAAACGGCUGCGCAGAAACGGCUGCGCAGAAACGGCUGCGCAGAAACGACUGCGCAGAAACAGCUGCGCAGAAGCAGCUGCGCAGAAGCAGCUGCGCAGAAUCAGCUGCGCAGAAGCAGCUGCGCAGAAGCAGCUGCGCAGAAGCAGCUGCGCAGAAGCAGCUGCGCAGAAACAGCUGCGCAGAAACAGCUGCGCAGAUACAGCUGCGCAGAUACAGCUGCGCAGAAACGGCUGCGCAGAAACGGCUGCGCAGAAACGGCUGCGCAGAAACGGCUGCGCAGAAACGGCUGCGCAGAAACGGCUGCGCUGAUACGGCUGCGCAGAAACGGCUGCGCAGAAACGGCUGCGCAGAAACGAAUGCGCAGAAGCGGCUGCGCAGAAGCGGCUGCGCAGAAGCGGCUGCGCAGAAGCGGCUGCGCAGAAGCGGCUUCGCAGAAGCGGCUGCGCAGAAACGGCUGCGCAGAUACGGCUGCGCAGAAACGGCUGCGCAGAAACGGCUGCGCAGAAACGGCUGCGCAGAAACGGCUGCGCAGAAACGGCUGCGCAGUAACGGCUGCGCAGAAACGGCUGCGCAGAAACGGCUGCGCAGAAACGUAUGCGCAAAAACGGCUGCGCAGAAACGGCUGCGCAGAAACGGCUGCGCAGAAACGGCUGCGCAGAAACGGCUGCGCAGAAACGGCUGCGCAGAAACGGCUGCGCAGAAACGGCUGCGCAGAAACGGCUGCGCAGAAACGGCUGCGCAGAAACGGCUGCGCAGAAACGGCUGCGCAGAAACGGCUGCGCAGAAACGGCUGCGCAGAAACAGCUGCGCAGAAACAGCUGCGCAGAAACAGCUGCGCAGAAACAGCUGCGCAGAAGCAGCUGCGCAGAAACAGCUGCGCAGAAGCAGCUGCGCAGAAACAGCUGCGCAGAAACAGCUGCGCAGAAACAGCUGCGCAGAAACAGUGCGCAGAAACAGCUGCGCAGAAACAGCUGCGCAGAAACAGCUGCGCAGAUACAGCUGCGCAGAUACAGCUGCGCAGAUACAGCUGCGCAGAAACAGCUGCGCAGAAACAGCUGCGCAGAUACAGCUGCGCAGAUACAGCUGCGCAGAAAUAGCUGCGCAGAAACAGCUGCGCAGAAACAGCUGCGCAGAAACAGCUGCGCAGAAACAGCUGCGCAGGAACAGCUGCACAGAAACAGCUGCGCAGAAACAGCUGCGCAGAAACAGCUGCGCAGGAACAGCUGCGCAGGAACAGCUGCGCAGAAACAGCUGCGCAGGAACAGCUGCGCAGGAACAGCUACGCAGGAACAGCUGCGCAGGAACAGCUGCGCAGGAACAGCUGCGCAGGAACAGCUGCGCAGGAACAGCUGCGCAGGAACAGCUGCGCAGGAACAGCUGCGCAGGAACAGCUGCGCAGAAACAGCUGCGCAGAAACAGCUGCGCAGAAACAGCGGCGCAGAAACAGCGGCGCAGAAACACUCUAUAG